AUAUCUGUGCUGAUUGCUCUGCAUUGUAUCACACUCACGCUUUUGGGACUACAUAUAUUCUAACUUUGUGACCAGAGAUAUUCUAACUUUGUGACUAGAGAUAUUCUAACUUUUUGACUAGAGAUAUUCUAAUUUUGUGACCAGAGAUAUUCUAACUUUGCGACUAGAGAUAUUCUAACUUUGUGACUAGAGAUAUUCUAACUUUGUGACUAGAGAUAUUCUAACUUUGUGGCUAGAGAUAUUCUAACUUUGUGACUAGAGAUAUUCUAACUUUGUGGCUAGAGAUAUUCUAAUUUUUUUACCAGAGAUCUCCUAACUUUGUAGCUAGAGAUAUUCUAACUUUGUGACUAGAGAUAUUCUAACUUUUUGACUAGAGAUCUCCUAACUUUGUGGCUAGAGAUAUUCUAACUUUGUGACUAGAGAUAUUCUAACUUUUUGACUAGAGAUCUCCAAAGUUUGUGACUAUAGAUAGAUAUUUAAACUUUGUGACUAUUUAUAUUCUAACAUUUUAACCAUAGAUAUUCAAUCAGUUUACUUAACAUAUCAAGGGACGGCACUCUUAGAGAGUGUAAUCAGUUUUGAGAGGAGUGUUUGGACGACAUUUAACUUUUUUCGUUGUGUUAUAGUGGUCUUCAGAAGUUUGGCGACUAUUGGAUGGGCAGGAACUGGUGGCCAGAUAAGAUGUCCAGUGUGAGACUGCACAAUAACUUCUAUGUAAUAAAUAUAUGUGAAACAAAUUUAGUACAUUUGUACAAAGGGAUUAAAAGCAGGUCCGCUUAAUAUUAAAUGAAGAGGUAGUACUUUAAAUUUCAAUCGCAUUAGCAAACUAGCGUAGUGGAUAUGUGAUACGUUAAGACUUAGUCCUAACCAACAGAGUGAGAUAUCUGAGCACAGAUACAAUCGGAGUUAGCAGAUAUACGGAAAAGGAGAACUAACGGAUACUGAACAAGCCUCAGGAUGGCGUUUCGUAACUGGGUAAGUAGAAUGGAAUUAGGCUCUACAAUAGCCAUGGGGCGUGCGCUUAAACUGUUAGAGCGAAUGUGGAGUUGAGUCUGCUUGAUCAAUGAGAUACAAACAGUUUGUGUAAACAAAACAAUAUAAAGUUUUUAACUUUUCAAAGUGGUUAUACAGAAUACAAAAGUAAACGCUUCGGCAAAUCUCUUCAUCGGUACAACAGCGACAAGAAACCCAUUCAUCGAAGAAUAAAUUAAAGUUACAUGUUAUAUGAUAUAUAUAUAUAUAUAUAUAUGCAUCCUACCUAAAAGUGAAAUAAAAGAAUAAGAAUGGGCAAAGGUCCCUUACAAAAACAAAGUUCAGAAUAACGGAAAGUUAGGGGGUAGGAAUAAAAUUUAGAAACCCAACCGGAAAAAGACACUGCAGUUAUGUAAAGUUGUGAAUAUGGUUUACACCGUAUGGGGUCAACAUCGCAGUGACUUCCAUGUCAAAUAUUCUCUUUUUGAUAAAGCGUUUUAAAAUUGUGACUUAAAUAGCAGAAAAUACAUUUAAGUUGCAGGAUCGGUGCUAAAACGGAGGUUUUCAUAAGUCAGUGAUAAGCAAGAGUGCUAAACAGGAAGUCAGUGGUAAGGAAAGGUGCUAAACAGGAAGUCAGUGGUAAGGAAAGGUGCUAAACAGGAAGUCAGUGGUAAGCAAAGGGGCUAAACAGGAAGUCAGUGGUAGGCAAAGGUGCUAAACAGGAAGUCAGUGGUAAGCUAAAGUGCUAAACAGGAAGUCAAUGGUAAGGAAAGGUGCUAAACAGGAAGUCAGUGGUAAGCUAAAGUGCUAAACAGGAAGUCAGAGGUAAUCAGAAAGUGAUUAAACUAAGUCUUGCAUACCCCAAAGCCCCCCUCCCUUGCCAACGCCGUCAAGCCCCCCACUCUGGGGCCGCGGAGCAACACGUUGGAGGUACGCAUCUGCUGGGACAGCCCCCAUCCUCAAGCCCCCACUCUGGGACCACGGAGCGACACGUUAGAAGUACGUAUCUGCUGGGACAGCCCCCGCCGACAACAGCAACAAAAAAUUAAAUUAAUAAAAAUGAUAAUCUAUGUUCAAGUUCACUUUGUUUUGUUCCUGUCUUAGAUCGGUCUGUUCCUGAUGGGAGCCAUCAACAACCUCCCUUACGUCAUCGUCAACUCGGCUGCCAACACGAUUGCGGACAGGUAAUGUCGGUUACCAGAAAUGUGUACAAAGGGUAGUUUCUCUAAAGAAAUUUUUUCGAACGAGAGUUUUUUGGGACUGCUAUAUAAAGUUUGUUGGGACUGUUAUAUGAAAGUUUGGUGGGACUGUUAUAUUGUUGGGACUGUUAUAUAAAAGAUUGUUGGGGCUGUUGUAUAAAAGAUUGUUAUGACUGUUAUAUAAAAGUUUGUUGGGACUGUUAUAUAAAAGUUUUUUGGGACUGUUUUAUAAAUGAUUGUUGGGACUGUUAUAUAACAGAUUGUUGGGACUGUUAUAUAAAGAUUGUUGGGGCUCUUAUAGAAAAGAUUGUUGGGACUUUUAUAUAAAAAAUUGUUUGGGACUGUUAUAGAAAAGAUUGUUGGAACUUUUAUAUAAAAGAUUGUUUGGACUGUUAUAUAAAAGAUUGUUGGAGCUUUUAUAUAAAAAAUUGUUGGGACUGUUAUAGAAAAAAUUGUUGGAACUUUUAUAUAAAAGAUUGUUGGGACUGUUAUGUAAAAGAUUGUUGGGACUGUUAUACACAAUAUUUGUGGGGCUGUUGUAGAAAAGAAUUUUGGGACUUUUAUAUAAAAGAUUGUUGGGACUGUUAAAUAAAAGAUUGUUGGGACUUUUAUAUAAAAAAUUGUUUGGGACUGUUAUAGAAAAGAUUGUUGGAACUUUUAUAUAAAAAAUUGUUGGGACUGUUAUAGAAAAAAUUGUUGGAACUUUUAUAUAAAAGAUUGUUGGGACUGUUAUGUAAAAGAUUGUUGGGACUGUUAUACACAAUAUUUGUGGGGCUGUUGUAGAAAAGAAUUUUGGGACUUUUAUAUAAAAGAUUGUUGGGACUGUUAAAUAAAAGAUUGUUGGGACUGUAAAAGAAAAUAUUGUUGGGGCUGUUAUAUAAAAGAUUGUUGGGGCUUUUAUAUUAAAGAUUGUGGGAGCUGUUAUAGAAAAGAUUGUUGGGACUGUUAUAGAAAAGAUUGUUGGGACUGUUAUAUAAAAGAUUGUUGGGGCUGUAAUAGAAAAGAUUGUUGGGGCUUUUAUAUAAAAGAUUGUGGGAGCUGUUAUAGAAAAGAUUGUUGGGACUGUUAUAUAAAAGAUUGUUGGGGCUGUAAUAGAAAAGAUUGUUGGGGCUUUUAUAUAAAAGAUUGUGGGAGCUGUUAUAGAAAAGAUUGUUGGGGCUUUUAUAUAAAAGAUUGUGGGAGCUGUUAUAGAAAAGAUUGUUGGGACUGUUAUAUAAAAGAUUGUUGGGACUGUAAUAGAAAAGAUUGUUGGGGCUUUUAUAUUAAAGAUUGUGGGAGCUGUUAUAGAAAAGAUUGUUGGGACUGUUAUAUAAAAGAUUGUUGGGGCUGUUAUAUAAAAGAUUGUUGGGGCUGUAAUAGAAAAGAUUGUUGGGGCUUAUAUAUAAAAGAUUGUUGGGACUGUUGUAGAAAAGAUUGUGGGAGCUGUUAUAGAAAAGAUUGUUAGGACUGUUAUAUAAAAGAUUGUUGGAGCUGUUAUAGAAAAGAUUGUUGGGACUGUUAUAUAAAAGAUUGUUGGGAGUGUUGUAGAAAAGAUUGUUGGAGCUGUUAUAUAAAAGAUUGUUGGGACUGUUAUAUAAAAGAUUGUUGGAGCUGUUAUAGAAAAGAUUGUUGGACUGUUAAAUAAAAGAUUGUUGGGGCUGUAAUAGAAAAGAUUGUUGGAGCUGUUAUAGAAAAGAUUGUUAGGACUGUUAUAUAAAAGAUUGUUGGGACUGUUGUAGAAAAGAUUGUUGGAGCUGUUAUAUAAAAGAUUGUUGGGACUGUUAUAUAAAAUAUUGUUGGAGCUGUUAUAGAAAAGAUUGUUGGACUGUUAAAUAAAAGAUUGUUGGGGCUGUAAUAGAAAAGAUUGUUGGAGCUGUUAUAGAAAAGAUUGUUGGGACUUUUAUAUAAAGCUGUUAUAUAAAAGAUUGUUGGAGCUGUUAUAGACAAGAUUGUUGGGACUGUUAUAUAAAAGAUUGUUGGGACUGUUGUAGAAAAGAUUGUUGGGACUGUUAUAUAAAAGAUUGUUGGGACUGUUAUAUAAAAGAUUGUUGGGACUGUUAUAUAAAAGAUUGUUGGGACUGUUAAAUAAAAGAUUGUUGGGACUGUAAAAGAAAAUAUUGUUGGGGCUGUUAUAUAAAAGAUUGUUGGGACUGUUGUAGAAAAGAUUGUUGGGACUGUUAUAUAAAAGAAUGUUGGGACUGUUAUAUGAAAGAUUGUUGGGACUGUUAUAUAAAAGAUUGUUGGGACUGUUAUAUAAAAGAUUGUUGGGACUGUUAUAUAAAAGAUUGUUGGGACUGUUAUAUAAAAGAUUGUUGGGACUGUUAUAUAAAAGAUUGUUGGGACUGUUGUAGAAAAGAUUGUUGGGACUGUUAUAUAAAAGAUUGUUGGAGCUGUUAUAGAAAAGAUUAAUGGGGCAGUUAUAUAAAAGAUUGAUGGGGCUGUAAUAGAAAAGAUAGUUGGAGCUGUUAUAGAAAAGAUUGUUGGGACUGUUAUAUAAAAGAUUGUUGGGACUGUUAUAUAAAAGAUUGUUGGGACUAUUGUUGGGACUGUUAUAUAAAAGAUUGUUGGGACUGUUAUAUAAAAGAUUGUUGGGACUAUAUAAAUGAUUGUUGUGGCUGUAAUAGAAAAGAUUGUUGGGGCUUUUAUAUAAAAGAUUGUUGGGGGUGUUAUAGAAAAUAUUGUUGGGACUGUUAUAUAAAAGAUUGUUGGGACUGUUAUAUAAAAGAUUGUUGGGACUGUUAUAUAAAUAAUUGUUGUGGCUGUAAUAGAAAAGAUUGUUGGGGCUUUUAUAUAAAAGAUUGUUGGGGGUGUUAUAGAAAAGAUUGUUGGGACUUUUAUAUAAAAGAUUGUUGGGACUGUUAUAUAAAUGAUUGUUGUGGCUGUAAUAGAAAAGAUUGUUGGAGCUGUUAUAGAAAAGAUUGUUGGGACUUUUAUAUAAAAGAUUGUUGGGACUGUUAUAUAAAUGAUUGUUGUGGCUGUAAUAGAAAAGAUUGUUGGAGCUGUUAUAGAAAAGAUUGUUGGGACUUUUAUAUAAAAGAUUGUUGGGACUGUUGUUGGGACUGUUAUAUAAAAGAUUGUUGGGACUGUUAUAUAAAAGAUUGUUGGGACUGCUAUAUAAAAGAUUGUUGGGACUGUUAUAUAAAAGAUUGUUGGGGGUGUUAUAGAAAAGAUUGUUGGGACUUUUAUAUAAAAGAUUGUUGGGACUGUUAUAUAAAUGAUUGUUGUGGCUGUAAUAGAAAAGAUUGUUGGAGCUGUUAUAGAAAAGAUUGUUGGGACUUUUAUAUAAAAGAUUGUUGGGACUGUUAUAUAAAUGAUUGUUGUGGCUGUAAUAGAAAAGAUUGUUGGAGCUGUUAUAGAAAAGAUUGUUGGGACUUUUAUAUAAAAGAUUGUUGGGACUGUUGUUGGGACUGUUAUAUAAAAGAUUGUUGGGACUGUUAUAUAAAAGAUUGUUGGGACUGCUAUAUAAAAGAUUGUUGGGACUGUUAUAUAAAAGAUUGUUGGGGGUGUUAUAGAAAAGAUUGUUGGGACUUUUAUAUAAAAGAUUGUUGGGACUGUUAUAUAAAUGAUUGUUGUGGCUGUAAUAGAAAAGAUUGUUGGAGCUGUUAUAGAAAAGAUUGUUGGGACUUUUAUAUAAAAGAUUGUUGGGACUGUUGUUGGGACUGUUAUAUAAAAGAUUGUUGGGACUGUUAUAUAAAAGAUUGUUGGGACUGCUAUAUAAAAGAUUGUUGGGACUGUUGUUGGGACUGUUAUAUAAAAGAUUGUUGGGACUGCUAUAUAAAAGAUUGUUGGGACUGUUAUAUAAAAGAUUGUUGGGACUGCUAUAUAAAAGAUAUUUUAACAGUUUACACUUCUCACUAGCACCUUCCCUUAAAAACAGUUUUCUAAUUAUUAUUUUUGCUUUAAUCUCAGUUUAAUAAAUUUAAUUUUUCAACAAAAUACUAUCGAACAAUUUUCAGUCGGAAAAUUUUUUUUCGAUCAAAUUUCCAGGUUAUGAGUAAAGUUGCCUACUUUUUUGUUUAUCCGCUUACAUUAAUGAGCGCGACGUGAACGAUGUCUUCUGGUUGCUUUGAAACCUCGCCUAGUUUAAACUUUUAUGCAGAUCUCACCGUCUGUUAUCGUUCUAAUGUGAUUGAUUUCAGCUGUUCAAUUUUUCAUAGACAGAUGUUGAUAUUGAUCCCGUUCUCCUCGUUCUGAUCUGCAGGUUUGGUGAGAGUGAUUUGGUCGGCGUCGUCUUUGGUGCUAACGUGGCCCUGUCUGUCUUUGUUAAAUGUAAGACGGGCAAUGAAGUCUGCUUUCCAAUAGAAUUGUAUUACCGUUGCUCAAUCAACCAUUAUAUCAAAAAGAAAAGUUAAUCUUAAAAUCCAAAGGACAGAGUUCAAUCGUUGAACAAUGGCAUAACAGCUCACUUGUAAACACAGAUUUCACUGUCAUAAAGAUGGGGUGAACGCACUUCGGAAAUGUUCAAAAACACACAAAAAACAAGCAUUAACAGAAGCGUUGCUAAGGUUGGUGUCACCAGCUGCGGUCCGCAGCUCCCAUCCUAGUGACGCCACUAUUGAUCAACACUGUUUGUAUAUGAUUUAUUGGUGUUGAUAAUGUACUUUAAAAAAUAUAUUCAACAUUUUAAUUUACUUGAAAUAAACGCAAUGGCACGCUAAACCACAAAACUCUCAGACUAAUCAAUCUUAGACUAAUCCAUCUCAGACUAAUCCAUCUCAGACUAAUCCAUCUCAAACUACUCCAUCUUAGACUAAUCCAUAUAAGACUAAUCCAGUUUAGACUAAUUUAUCUCAGACUAAUCUAUAUAAGACUAAUCCAUCUCAAACCAAUCCAUCUCAGACUAAUCCACCUCAAACCAAUCAUCUCCGACUAAUCCAUCUCAGACUAAUCCAUCUUAAACUAAUCCAUGUCAGACUAAUCCAUCUCAGACUAAUCCAUCUCAAAAAAAGACUGGCACCAACUAACUAUUUCCUUUGCUUUACUUGUACAGCUCUCAACACCUUCGUGCUGCUGAAUGCCUCCUACUCACUGAGGUUCAUCGCCAAUGGAUUGAUCAUGCUCACGGGCAAGGCAUUUACUUUAAUGACGUAGACAAUAUUGCAAUUUGUCUGGAACUAGUUGAAUACGAAAAGGUUAAGGGGUUGGGGCGCGGGGGGGUUAACUAUAUUGUUUGAUUUUUUUCGCGCAUUUACAACUCAAAAGGUUGGGAGGGGGGAGGGGGGCGUAACACUUUUUUUAAAAACUUGUGUGGGUUGAAAGAAAAUAAAACAGGGGGGUGGGGGGGGGGCUAAUAAGAUUAUAAUAAUAUAUAAAGAAUAUUUCGUUACUUCACGGGUCGCAAAGGGUGGCGGGCCGCAUGCGACCAUCGGAUCGUAUGUUGGGCAGGCCUGAUUUAAUGUAUUUCAUUUUAUGUCAAGAGAAAUUAUCUUCCAAACUUUCAAUAGGUAGAUAUUUUUUUUAAGUCUUAUGCUUUCGCAUGGAGUCUUGUUCUAAAUUUAACUAUACCGUAGAGUCUCUUACUCUAUGCUGGCUAAACCUUCGAUGUCAACAAUAAAGUAUAAAAUUCAUCCUGAGAAAAAUAGCCAAAAGUGAAAUAUUGAAAUUGAUGACCUCUAUCAGCUUAAAGGCAAUAUUUCAUAAGAUGACCAUGGCCAUAUUUAGACUUUACAAUCAUUCAGGACAGGGUUUCCCCGUACCUUUCUGAGACUCGCAUCACCUCAAACUUGUCUCAACUUGAUACAUAACUUAAUGUUAAUCAAUGUUUUUAAAGUAUAUUAAUUGUUAAAGGUCUGCCUUCAAAGUCAACGCUUCAUGGGUUCUUAGAAUGACCUUUCCUGAUGCCCCCUAAAAUAAACUCCCUCCCCCCAACCCCAGGGCAUUACGAGCAGUCAUGAUUAAAGGUAAUUGAACUCUCUUGUAAUGGAGAAAAAUGAAACAUAGAUUUAUUUUUGUAUGUUAAUUUUGUUUGUGAAACUUUUUUUUUAAAAAGUCGUCUUAAAAAGUUUUAACAAACAUUUUAGUAUAUAUAUUUACAUGUUUAAUGUUGUAAUUUUUUUCUUCUCUCAAGGACUUUUUGGCAUCGCUUAUGCUUUCAACUUUGGAUUUGCCAUCGCCUGCAUUGUGAGUUUGGUCACUGUCCCGUCUCAAUAGGAUUUGUCUUGUCAAUCAUAAAAUACAAGAUUUAUUUGUACAGGAGCUAGUCACACUCCCUGAAGUAGCUAGAGUUUAGGACGCCUUUGCUCUGUCUACGCUCCUGGUCCCACCAUUAGAAAGGGAUUACCUUUACUAAUGUCUCUAUGUCUUAGCAGAGCAGCCAUGUAACUUCGUGGUCACACGAUUAGCAAGGGAUUACAUUGUCUUAUGUCUCACUGUCUUAACAGAGCAGCCGUGUAGCUUCGUGGUCACACGAUUAGCAAGGGAUUACAUUGUCUUAUGUCUCACUGUCUUAACAGAGCAGCCGUGCAGCUUCGUGGUCACAUGAUAAGCAAGGGAUUACAUUGUCUUAUGUCUCACUGUCUUAACAGAGCAGCCUUGCAGGUUCGUGGUCGCACUAUUAGCAAGGGAUUACAAUGUCUUAUGUCUCACUGUCUUAACAGAGCAGCCCUUUAGCUAUGUCGUGUUAUCAGAGCAUACAACCCCUGCGCAUGCGUUAGGGACUCGGAAAUGUAAGGGGCCAAAAGUUGUAAUAUCGAUUUUUUUCCUUAAUUUUAUUGGAGAGUAGUUUAAAUUGCAUUGAAUUGCUCAGUGAAGAAAACGGAAAAAUUACAGAGAGUCUCAAUGGCCCUGCGUGCUAUACGAUAUGUUUAAGAUUUAUUUCAUUGUUACGUUUGUGCUAUAUGUGAUAUUUAUGAUUUAUGUUAGAUUUAUCAUUUAUGUCGUAUGCAUCAUUAAUGUUAUAAUAACGCUAGGUGUUAGAUUUAUCAUAUUUUUCACAUUUAUGGUUAUGGUUAUGUUUAUGGUUAUGUUUAUGGUUAUGUUUAUGAUUAUGUUUAUGGUUAUGUUUAUGGUUAUGUUUAUGGUUAUGUUUAUGUUUCAGGCCGUGGUUGGAUCAAGUUCAGCUUUUGGGGAAAAGUAAGUUUUCACAUUUGGUAAUGUGCACUGUUCACAAUUUUCAGAUCUAAAGUAACAAUAACAAAUUACCCUCUUUUUUUUUUUUUGGCUGUCACAGUGGACUGAAUUAAAUUGAAAAUCUGGUUAAUAAAAGCUUGGCUGUUGUCCCGGGGAUGUGUUUAAAAAAAAAAAAGCUGUAUUAAAAAAAGGGUGUGUACAACUUUUUGUGAGUNAAAAAGCUGUAUUAAAAUAAGGGUGUGUACAAUUUUUUGUGAGUAAUGGUAAAUAUUUUUUUUUUUUUUUUUAAACCAGGGUGAAUUUAUAUUUUUGAAUAGGUAGUUAUUAGAUUUUUCGCUAGGAAUUUUGUUCCUAUAAUUUUUUGUGUGAUAGAAUGUGCAGGAGUUUUGGACACAACUAUUUUAUUCUAAAAACACUGAUUAUUUCUUAUGGAUUUUCGACUGUGAUGUACAUGAAGUCAGUAAGUAAGUAAGUACGAUGAUUUCAUGGUGACUGUAAAAACGCGCAAACUGGAAUGGUAUGGCCACGUGACAAAGAAACAAGGACUCGCCAAAGAAAUCAUGCAGGGCACCACGAGAGGAGGGAGAAUAAGAGGAAGACAGAGAAGAAGAUGGGAGGAUAACAUCAAAGAGUGGACCGGACUAAUACUUGGUGAUGCUGUGCGUGUGCAGAGGACAGAGACGAAUGGAGGAGGAUGGUUCACAUGUCAUCUGUGGCGCCCUAACGGUCCAAGGACUAAGGGACAUGAUGAUGAUGACGAUGAUGAAGUAAAGAACCCUGAAACAUUUGUUCACAAUUUGUUAUUUGAAUCAUACAAAACAUCAGCUCUUCGGGGGCUAGGAGGUUAUACAACAUAUCAGCUCUACAUGAGCUAGGAGGUCAUACAACAUAUCAGCUCUACAUGAGCUAGGAGGUCAUACAACACAUCAGCUCUACAUGGGUUAGGAGGCCAUAUAACACAUCAGGACCUCAAUCGGUUAGCAGAGUAGGAGAUGAGCUGGGAUAUGGAAUUUCAUCCCGUCAAGUGCCAGACCCUAUCAGUCUCCAGAAGCAGAUUCCCUCUAAACCACUCUUACGAAUUGCAUGGCCAUAUUCUUGAGCCAGUUUCCUCAGUAAAGUACCUAGGUGUUACCAUUCAAAGAGAGGUCCGCUGAGACGAGCACAUUAACAAUGUGUGCAACGGGCGAACAAGACCCUGGGGUUCCUAAGGCGCAAUUUGAAGAUCGGCAACUCAAGCAUGAAAGAAAAAGUCUAUCAAGCCUUUGUCCGGACGCUUUUAGAGAACGCAUCUUCAGUCUGGGACCCAUUCACCCAGAAAAGCAUCCACAGGCUGGAGUUUGUCCAGCGUCUAGCAGCCCGCUUUGUCCUGAGCCGCUACAGAAACACUUCAUUUUUGGCAGCAUGCUGGAAACACUGGGCUGGUCACCAUUGGAAGAACGACGACGACUAUCCAAGCUCACCAUGUUGUACAAGAUAAAAAAUGGCUGGUCCACUGCUCCCCGCAUCAAAACAGAAACUCGUCCAUCUUCACCCUAGACAGUGACGAGGUCAUGACAAACAGUUCUGGCUAAAAAAAAAAAAAAAAAAAAACUUGGAAAAGGCGCCCCCCCCACCCAAAAAAAAAAAAAAUAAGAACGACGACGACUAUCCAAGCUCACCAUGUUGUACAAGAAAAAAAAUGGCUGGUCCACUGCUCCCCGCAUCAAAACAGAAACUCGUCCAUCUUCACCCUAGACAGUGACGAGGUCAUGACAAACAGUUCUGGCUAAAAAAAAAAAAAAAAAAAGAACUUGGUAAAGGAGCUCCUCAUUCCUGCCAAAGACAAAAAGGGACUGGAACAAGCUUCCAAAAGCAACAGUCGAGGCGGCUACACUCGACACAUUUGGGUCUAUUGCCUCCUGUUUUCCCUCCCCCCCCCCCACCGUUCAUAACACCACUGCUGAGUCGCCCUUGCAACCAGUGACGUAUCCCAUUGAAACCCAUGUACAGUAACAUCGCAAACCCCUCUGAAACAUAGGAGCCAGAAUGAUCAAUUCAUUUAUCAAAAUAAAGAAAUAAGAAACAUCAGUUCUACUGGGGCUAGGAGGUCAUACAACACAUCAGCUCUGCAAAGGCUCAUAGGAAAGGAAUUUGGACUCUGGAAUUGUUUCUGUAGCCAUAACGAACUGGACCCAACUUCUAGACAACUUUAUUUGACCACAAUGAUCCAAACCUAAAGGGACAAGUAAGAUGACUUAAUUUUCUUCUUAUUUUUUUUUUAUUUCACGUUUAAUUUGUUAAUACUGUGUUUGACAUCUUUUCUAGUGUGACCUUGGGCUUCUUGUCAUGGUUCCCGAGUUCAAUGGUCAACGCCUGGUCAAGUGGUACAGGAAUGGCUGGCCUACUGGGGGCGUCUCUAUUCAUUAUAUUUGGUGAGUAGAUUCAGAUAUAUCCAAAGAAAUAGUGUAAACCCCGCCCCCUAACCAAGUAACUUGAUUAGAAACACAAAAAUUGUGUCAAUAAAACAAUGUAUGUUCAGCUUUAGACACAAACAAAUUGUGUCAAUAAAGCAAUGUAUGUUCAGCUUUAGACACAAACAAAUUGUGUCAAUAAAACAAUGUAUGUUCAGCUUUAGACACAAACAAAUUGUGUCAAUAAAACAAUGUAUGUUCAGCUUUAGACACAAACAAAUUGUGUCAAUAAAACAAUGUAUGUUCAGCUUUAGACACAAACAAAUUGUGUCAAUAAAACAAUGUAUGUUCAGCUUUAGACACAAACAAAUUGUGUCAAUAAAACAAUGUAUGUUCAGCUUUAGACACAAACAAAUUGUGUCAAUAAAACAAUGUAUGUUCAGCUUUAGACACAAACAAAUUGUGUCAAUAAAACAAUGUAUGUUCAGCUUUAGACACAAACAAAUUGUGUCAAUAAAACAAUGUAUGUUCAGCUUUAGACACAAACAAAUUGUGUCAAUAAAACAAUGUAUGUUCAGCUUUAGACACAAACAAAUUGUGUCAAUAAAACAAUGUAUGUUCAGCUUUAGACACAAACAAAUUGUGUCAAUAAAACAAUGUAUGUUCAGCUUUAGACACAAACAAAUUGUGUCAAUAAAACAAUGUAUGUUCAGCUUUAGACACAAACAAAUUGUGUCAAUAAAACAAUGUAUGUUCAGCUUUAGACACAAACAAAUUGUGUCAAUAAAACAAUGUAUGUUCAGCUUUAGACACAAACAAAUUGUGUCAAUAAAACAAUGUAUGUUCAGCUUUAGACACAAACAAAUUGUGUCAAUAAAACAAUGUAUGUUCAGCUUUAGACACAAACAAAUUGUGUCAAUAAAACAAUGUAUGUUCAGCUUUAGACACAAACAAAUUGUGUCAAUAAAACAAUGUAUGUUCAGCUUUAAUCGUCAUCAUACAGGAUUCAAAUGUAGAUAUUUUGGCAAAUGCCUUCAUCGGUACAAAAAAAAAAUAAUAAAAUUUAAAAAAAACCGAUAAUAUAAGUAUAAAUAAAACUUAAAUAAUAUAUAUGUAUACAUGUAUCUUACCUGAAAAUGAGAAAAAAGAAUAAGAGUGGGCGCAAGUCCCUGACAAAGUCAACCCCCCCCCCCUUUUUUUUUUUCCAAUCCCGUCUUUUCCACUUUCCAGUUGUUGUUUUUAAUCAGAACCAACGUUUAAAAAAAAAAAAAAUCCUUUCACAAUUGAGGUCAAAAAAAUGAAUUAUUAUUUUAUUUUAGUAUUUAUUCGACCUUGAAUUUGUAAAGCACUAUUGUAUUCACUAUGAUUGUAUUCACUAUGAUGUUAUUCACUAUGAUUGUAUUCAGAUGUAUUCACUAUGAUUGUAUUCACUAUGAUUGUAUUCACUAUGAUAUUAUUCACUAUGACUGUAUUCACUAUGAUGCUAUUCACUAUGAUUUUAUUCACUAUGAUGUCAUUCACUAUGAUUGUAUUCACUAUGAUGUUAUUCACUAUGAUGUUAUUCACUAUGAUUGUAUUCAGUAUGAUUGUUUCACUAUCUUUCAAUUCACUAUGAUGUUAUUCUCUAUGAUUGUAUUUACUAUAUUUCUAUUCACUAUGAUGUAAUUCAAUAUGAUUGUAUUCACUAGGAUUGUAUUCACUAUGAUGUUAUUCACUAUGAUGUAAUUCAAUAUGAUUGUAUUCAAUAUGAUUGUAUUCACUAUGAUUGUAUUCACUAUGAUGUUAUGAACAUGAUGCUAAUUUGCAUCACGCAAUGCACCGCGGGACCUUGAUUAGCUAACUUGACUUAUUCAGAAUAUAUUUCUUGAAAACCUUUACCAUAAAACUUCAUUGCUCGUUUCUUCAUUUGAACAGGCUGUUCCGUGGGUCAUGGUGGUGACAAGACAUCAAAACUACAGAAUCUCAACAAGUAAGACAAGCUCAUUGGUGCACAACGGUAUUUCAAAUAUGGAGUAAAACAAAAUAAUGCGUUCCAAAAGAAAUUUGAUGAAAAUUUGAUUGUGUGAACUCAUCGAUUGUUAUCAACAAAAUUAUUGCUUGGGAACACCGUUUGGUAGUGGUGAAACCAUUUUGUGGUGAUGAGACGGUUUAGUGGUGCUGAGACCGUUCAGCGGUGCUGAGACCAUUUAGUGGUGCUGAGACCGUUCAGCGGUGCUGAGACCGUUUAGUGGUGCUGAGACCGCUCAGCGGUGCUGAGACCAUUUAGUGGUGCUGAAACCGUUCAGCGGUGCUGAGACCGUUUAGUGGUGCUGAGACCGAUUCUGGUGCUGUGACCAUUUAGUGGUGAUGAGACCGUUCAGGGGUGAUGAAACUGUUUAGUGGUGAUGAGACCGUUUAGUGGUGCUGAGACCAUUUAGUGGUGCUGAGACCGUUCAGUGGUGCUUGUUUAGUGGUGCUGAGACAGUUUCUGGUGGUGUGACCAUUUAGUGGUGAUGAGACCGUUCAGGGGUGAUGAAACUGUUUAGUGGUGAUGAGACCGUUUAGUGGUGCUGAGACCAUUUAGUGGUGCUGAGACCGUUCAGUGGUGCUGAGACCAUUUAGUGGUGCUGAAACCGUUCAGCGGUGCUGAGACCAUUUAGUGGUGCUGAGACCAAUUCUGGUGCUGAGACCAUUUAGUGGUGAUGAGACUGUUCAGGGGUGAUGAAACUGUUUAGUGGUGAUGAAACCGUUUAGUGGUAAUGUUGACUGUUCUAUGACCACCACCACAGGUAUGCCUUCUUGUUGACAACACCAGUGGUCCUCAUCUACUGGCUGGCUUAUUUCGUCAUCGUCAAACGUCCGCUCCACAAGUACGACGCUGACCAGGCUGUGACACCUGACUUGGCGGUCGGGAACAGAAGAAGCAGGGAGGUGACGGGGGAGGAGAGGGGUGCAGUUACCAGGGACAACGAGGAUGGGGAGAAACAAGAGGAGAGAAACAUUCAAGGUAAGCAGUAAAACAAUUCCCCACCCCGGUUAGUUACCCAUCCCAUUCCCUAACAAGUUUACGCAUCCCUUUCUCUAACCAGUUUACCCAUCUCAUUCUCUAACCAGUUUACCCAUCUCAUUCUCUAACCAGUUUACCCAUCUCAUUCUCUAACCAGUUUACCCAUCUGAUUCUCCAACCAGUUUACCCAUCUCAUUCUCCAACCAAUUUACCCACCACAUUAUCUAACAACUUUACCCAUCUCAUUCUCUAACCAGUUUACCCAUCUCAUUCUCUAACCAGUUACCCAUCUCUUUCUCUAACCAGUUUACCCAUCUCAUUCUCCAACCAGUUUACCCAUCACGCUAUCUAACAAGUUUACCUAUCUCAUUCUCUAACCAGUUUACCCAUCUCAUUCUCCAACCAGUUUACCCAUCACGCUAUCUAACAAGUUUACCUAUCUCAUUCUCUAACCAGUUUACCCAUUACAUUCACUAAAAAUUAUACUAAACCAGUUUACUCACCCCGUUCUCUAAAAAUUGUAGUCAUCUCAUCCAUUAACAAGUUUACCAUAUCCCAUCCACUAACAAGUUUACCACAUCGCAUGCACUCCUAUGAGCUAACAGCUCAUGCACUCCUGUGUGCUAACGUAUCAUGUAUGGUAAAGGCUCAUGUGUGCUAAAGGUUCAUGUGUGCUAACGGCUCAUGUGUUCUAACGGCUCAUGUGCUCUAACGGCUCAUGUGUGCUAAAGGCUCAUGUGUGCUAACGGCUCAUGUGUGCUUGCGGCUCAUGUGUGCUAACGGCUCAUGUAUGCUAACGGAUCAUGUGUGCUAGCGGCUCAUGUGUGCUAACGGCUCAUGUGUGCUACAGGCUCAUUUGUGCUAACGGCUCAUUUGUGCUAUUAACGGAUCAUGUGUGCUAGCGGCUCAUGUGUGCUAACGGCUCAUGUGUGCUACAGGCUCAUUUGUGCUAACGGCUCAUUUGUGCUAACGGCUCAUGUGUGCUUGCGGCUCAUGUGUGCUAACGGCUCAUGUGGGCUAACGGCUCAUGUGUGCUAACGGCUCAAGUGUGCUAGGGGCUCAUGUGUGCUAAAGGCUCAUGUGUGCUAACGGCUUAUGUGUGCUAGCGGCUCAUGUGUGCUAACGGCUCAUGUGUGCUAACGCCUCGUGUGUGCUAACGCCUCGUGUGUGCUAACGCCUCAUGUGUUUUCUCUGUUGUUGUUGUGUCCACACAGACGAGUUGGCUGAAGCACGGGAGACAACUCAACUGUUGGAGACCAGGGAAACCAGCUGCAGGAGGAUUUUACGAUGUUUCAAGCUGGUCUUCUGGUUGGGGAUUAAUGUGAGUUAAUGGAAACUGAUGUUUCACAGUUAUGUUACGCUUUCACAUUAACUGUCCACUAAACCAUUUUCAAAGUAAAUAAAUAGCCCAGUCUUGGCGUUUAAAAACUAUUUUUAAAUAGAGCUUAAAAUAUCAAAGGGAGGUUACACAAUUAUUUAUUUUUAAAAAAGUUACUUAACGACACGUUGUCAGACGGAACAAAUCGGCCACGUAAAUUUGAAUGGGGUUUUCAGUUAUCACAUCAAUCAAUGGGUUUAAAAUGUAUGAAUAAAUAGAUUUUCUUUGUUUCUACCAGCCCCCACUCCCCCCCCCCCACACACACUCUAUAGCCACCCUUAAGUAAAAUGUCUUAAAUAAAUCCAACCAGACCCAUCUCCAACAUUUCAUAAUAAUAAAAACAUAUUUUUAAUGAUUACUUCUAAUCACUUCUUUGUGUUAUUUUUUCAGUUAUGUAAUUCUCAAAUUGCCACAUACACAUUUAGGAUCACUGAUGAUAUUUAUGUUAUAUACUUGAAGAAAAGUCUAACGUACAAUAACUUGUUUGUAGAAAGAGAGAAGGUGAACGGGAGACAGAGUAACUAUACAAUCUUCAGUGUUGCAUAAAUUAUCAUAUUUUAUUAUUGUUUAACACAUGUCCCCUAGCUGUGUGGCGUGUUAUUUUACAAUUAUUUAACACAUCUGACCCCACAGCUGUGUGGUGUGUACGUGUUUGAGUAUGUGGCCAGGGGUUGUGCGGCCAAAGUCCGUCCCAGUAAAGAGUACAACAUUGGAUGUCCUGAGCUCUACGCAUCACUGCAGUUGUGCUACCAGGUAGUAAAUAAAGCCUCACUAAACUUGUGCUACCAGGUAGUAAAUAACGCCUCAUUACGCUUGCGUUAACAGAAACUCAAUAAAGCCUCAUUACGCUUGCGUUAACAGAAACUCAAUAAAGCCUCAUUACACUUGUGCUAACAGGUAUUAAAUAUAAACUGACCAUUCAUAUACUGUUGACAAAUCGUACACUGACCAAUCGUACCUGACCGCCCGUACCUCAAUGAUCAUACAGUGACCAAUCGCACACUGACAAAACGUACACUGACCAAUCGUACACUGACCAAUCGCACACUGACCAAACGUUCACUGACCAAUCGUACACUGACCAAUCGUACACUGACCAAACGUACACUGACCAAUCGCACACUGACCAAUCGUACACUGACCAAUCGCACACGACCAAACGUACACUGAUCAACGUACCCUGACCAAUCGUACACUGACCAAUCACACACUGACCAAGCGUACACUGACCAAUCACACACUGACCAAGCGUACACUGAUCAAUCGCACACUGACCAAGCGUACACUGACCAAUCGUACACUGACCAAUCACACACUGACCGAGCGUACACUGACCAAUCACACACUGACCAAGCGCACACUGACCAAUCGCACACUGACCAAUCGUAUCUCUUGGGCUGUUCCCUUUUAGGCUGGUGUGUUCGUGUCGCGGUCAAGUGUCCAGAUGUACAGAAUACGGCGUGUGGAAGUGCUCACAGUCUUACAGUUCAUCAAUAUGAUGUUGUGGAUAGUGGAUGUGCAUGUGAGUCUAUGGAUGUAAUGUUGUGGAUUGUGCAUUUCUAUGUGAUGUCCAUCAGAGGAUGCGAUGUUGUGGAUAGUGGAUGUCCACGCGAGUCUAUGGAUGUGGUGUUGUGAAUAGUGGAUAUCUAUGUGAGUCUAAAGAUGUGAUGUUGUUGAUAGUGGAUGUCCAUGUUAGUAUAUGGAUUUAAUGUUGUGGAUUGUCGAUGUCCAUGUGAGUCUAUGGAUGAAUAUUGUGGAUAAUGGAUAUUGAUGUGAUUAAAUGGAUGUAAUGUUGUGGAUAUAGGAUAUCGAUGUCAGUAGAGGGAUGUGAUGUUGUGGAUAGUGGACUUCCAUAUGAGUCAGUGAAUACGAGGUGGAUAGUGAAUGUCCACUUGAGUCAGUGGAUGUGAUGUUAUGAAUCGUGGAUAUCGAUGUUAGUAGAUGGAUGUUGUGGAUGGUGGAUGUUCGUGUAAUUAAAUGGGGUGAUAUUUUCAAUAGUGGAUGUUAAUGGGCGUCGGUGGAUGUGCUGUUGUGGAUACUGGAUGUUCAUGUCAGUCCAUUGAGGUGAUGUCACAUCUUCCCAUAAUUGUAUUGUUCAUCCUUACUUAAAUCUAUCCCAGAAGUCAGUAUGUCAUUUCAUACAUGUUGUUCAAUUAAUGUUCCCUCAUAUCGAAGCCAAUGACGUACUGUCAUAAAUAUCAGGGCAAGCUUGAUGACGUUACAAAAUGUUUUCAUGUGUCGUCCCGUUUUGUCCACGUAGCAAGUUGUCACCGAGUUGCCACGCGUAUAUUUGUGAUCUCACUGCUCCUCUUGGUGGAGUAAUGCACGUUUCUAUGAAAUAUGCACGUUUUUAUGGAGCAAUGCAUUUUUUGAUGGAGUAAUGUACGUUUUUUUAUUGAGUAAUGCACGUUUUUUUAAUGGAAUAAUUCAUCUUGAACGACGAAUCCCGCAGAAUCAUGUCGACCUUUCAUACGGGGCUCAAGAUGAUGGUCAACAAGCAGACUAAUUCUGUGACCGUGUGUCUAUAUAUAGCCUGGCUCAGAGCAACCCCACAUACUCUGGGCUAGCUCAUUAUGUGCAAAGUGGCAGGUAAGAACCACCAGGCAGGGCUUGCAAACAAUGGUUUGCCUCGAGAGUAAGGAGACACGCCUUUGUGCGUUGUGAGCGAAUCAGAGUCCUGUCCGCUCUUGGCGACCCGAGUGCUGAAGAACAGACACCCAUGACGUAAAGGGCUGAAGAACAGACACGCGUGAAGUGAAGGGCUGAAGAACAGACACCCAUGAAGUGAAGUGCUGAAGAGCAGACACCCGUGAAGUGAAGUGCUGAAAGAACAGACACCCUUGAAGUGAAGUGCUGAAGAACAGACACCCAUGAAGUGAAGAGCUGAAGAACAGACAACCGUGAAGUGAAGAGCUGAAGAACAGACACCCGUGAAGUGAAGAGCUGAAGAACAGACACCCGUCAAGUGAAUUGCUGAAGAACAUACACUCGUGAAGUGAAGUACUGAAGAACAGACACCCGUGAAGUGAAGUGCUGAAAGAACAGACACCCUUGAAGUGAAGUGCUGAAGAACAGACACCCGUGAAGUGAAGAGCUGAAGAACAGACAACCGUGAAGUGAAGAGCUGAAGAACAGACACCCGUGAAGUGAAGAGCUGAAGAACAGACACCCGUGAAGUGAAUAGCUGAAGAACAGACACCCGUCAAGUGAAUUGCUGAAGAACAUACACUCGUGAAGUGAAGUACUGAAGAACAGACACCCGUGGAGUGAAGUGCUGAAGAACAGGCACCCGUGAAAUGAAGUGCUGAAGAACAGACACCCGUGUAGUGAAGUACUGAAUAACAGACACCCUUGAAGUGCUGAAGAACAGACACCCGUGAAGUGAAGUGCUGAAGAACAGGCACUCGUGAAGUGAAGUACUGAAGAACAGACACCCAUGAAGUGAAGUGCUGAAGAACAGACACCCGUGAAGUGAAGUGCUGAAGAACAGACACCCGUGAAAUGAAGUGCUGAAGAACAGACACCCGUGAAGUGAAGAGCUGAAGAACAGGCACCCGUGAAGUGAAGUACUGAAGAACAGACACCAGUGAAGUGAAGAGCUGAAGAACAGUCGUGAAGUGAAGUGCUGAAGAACAGACCCGCGUGAAGUGAAGUGCUGAAGAACAGACAUCCCUGAAGUGAAGUGCUGAAGAACAGACACCCGUGAAGUGAAGUGCUGAAGAACAGACACCCGUGAAAUGAAGUGCUGAAGAACAGACACCCGUGAAGUGAAGUGCUGAAGAACAGGCACCCGUGAAGUGAAGUACUGAAGAACAGACACCCGUGAAGUGAAGAGCUGAAGAACAGACACCCGUGAAUUGAAGUGCUGAAGAACAGACACCCGUGAAGUGAAUAGCUGAAGAACAGACACCCGUGAAGUGAAGAGCUGAAGAACAGACACCCGUGAAUUGAAGUGCUGAAGAACAGACACCCGUGAAGUGAAUAGCUGAAGAACAGACACCCAUGAAAUGAAGUGCUGAAGAACAGACACCCGUGAAGUGAAGAGCUGAAUAACAGACACCCGUGAAGUGAAGAGCUGAAGAACAAACACCAGUGAAGUGAAGAGCUGAAGAACAUACACUCGUGAAGUGAAGUACUGAAGAACAGACACCCGUGAAGUGAAGUGCUGAAGAACACACAUCCAUGAAGUGAAGUUGAACUUUGUGUUUUAAAAUAUGCCGUCAUUCAAUCUUUGAAGUAGGUUUGUCCCCUCUCAACCCCACCCCCCCCCCAUUCUUUGGUGUUGCCAACGACACUGUGUGCCCUACACCCACUACCGGACUGAUUACAUGACAUUAAAAGUAUCUCCUGACCUUCAGGUGUCACAGGUAUCUCCUGACCUUGAAUCGUCAUAUCAUCUCUGUCCAUAUAACAGUUGACAAGCGUUAAGCUGGUUUUUAUGGUAUAUCAAUAAUCUUAUCCUUUUUCGUCUAAUCAAACUAUAUCAUUCUAUCUCUCGCUCUCAUUCUUUCUUCAUUAGUUCAUUUCAAUCAUAAGUCUUCAUCUUUCUCUCUCUGUCUUUCUCUCCCUCUCUUUCUCCUUCAAAUACUUCAGUCAAUCUCUACUUUGUCAAUGAUUAUUUUCUUUUCACUGUAUCCUUUAACUUUAAUCACAAUUUUCUUUCUUUUGCAAUCACUUUCUCUCCUAAAUUUUUUUUUCUUCUAAAAACACACUCUCUCUAAAUAAUAUUACUCUGUCCCUCUGUGUCUCUUCAUCUCUCUAUCUCUCUCUCUCUCUCUCUCUCUCUCCCUCUUAAUAAUCACACUCAUGAGAACAUACUUGUACGAGCUACCACAACUGACAUCUCUCUUUGUAACAUCCCCCACAUCCACACACCACACUGCCCCCUCCCAACAGAUACACACACGCAAACACUCACAAUCAGUAUAUUCCAGAUUAAUGAUAAACGUGAAUAUUAAUUCCAUGUUUCGAUCAAAAUUUCACCGGACUGACCAAGGCUACAACUGACCAAAUGGCCAACUGACCAAGGCUACAACUGACCAAAUGGCCGACUGAUCAAGAGCCAGAUUGACUCGCUAGCUUUAAAGAGUACCAAAACGCUCGAAUACAAGUCAUCCCCCUUAUUUCGUUGCAGUAGUCAUCUCCCUUAUUCCGUUGCAGUAGUCAUCUCCCUUGUUUCGUUACAGUAGUCAUCUCCCCUGUUUCGUUACAGUAGUCAUCUCCCUUGUUUCGUUACAGUAGUCAUCUCCCCUGUUUCGUUACAGUAGUCAUCUCCCUUGUUUCGUUACAGUAGUCAUCUCCCUUGUUUCGCUGCAGUAGCCAUCUCGCUUGUUCCAUCGCACUAGUCAUCUCCCUUAUUUCGUUGCAGUAGUCAUCUCCCUUGUUUCGUUACAGUACAAGUUCAUCCCCGUGGCCGCCCUCCCGGCUCUCAUGAUCUACGUCGGCCUACUCGGUGGCGCCUCCUAUGUCAACAUCUUCUACACGCUUCUGCACGACGGGGAUUUCCCAAAGAAGGACCGAGAACUCUGCGUCAAUUUGACGGGACUCUUCAUCAACUUUGGUGAGGAAACUAAUUCAAGCUAUGUGACUGUGUGUUAUUUCUUGUAAGAAAAAUAAUUCAAGCUAUGUGACUGUGUGUUAAUUCUUGUAAGAAAACGAAUUCAACCUAUGUGACUGUGUUUUAUUUCCCGUGAAGUAUUUUUUUCUCUUCCACUCUUCUGACACCAAGUGUCAGCUCCCCAAAAGUAAGGUAUUUAAUCCCAUGUUCCAUAUCCUCAGUUCAUUCUGAAAUUAUUAUAAGGGCAUCACCAUUGAUUUUUUUUAAAUUUUAAUAUUUGUUUUAGUAUUUAUGCUUACACUUACAUUAAUGACUAUAAUUAAAGUUUUAAAAUAUAUUUAAUAUAAAUUUCACUUAAAGGUAGAGUUUUUAUAUCCAUAUGAAUUCUGUCAUUGACACUUGGGCCGCUUGGUUUUGAGAAUCAAUUCUACAACAAAAUCCUUUAUUAGGCUUCUCAAUUUCCCACAGGAAUCGUGCUUGGCACAGGCCUGGAGACUUUGCUCUUUACAACAGUUCUCUGACCUCACUCAACUCCAGGGGCAUCAUCUGCAAGGCGAACAGAAAUAGGCAUUGACUCACUGAACAUUGAUUAGUUUACCGUCUAAAUAAGGGGUCGCCCAUCUUUUUUCACCGCGGGACAAUUUUUUUUUUUAAAUUAUCUCUGCUAAGUAAAAUAUUUCAGGAUUAUUUAAAUGAAUCAAACAGUAGAGAUGAAACAACAAACGAAAGACAAAAGAGACGCAUCCAUUCUUAAGGAGAGCCAGCACCUGGAGCCGUGGGUUGCCGACCCCUGGACUUUGUGGACGGUGGAUUCAGAAUGAGCCGUUCGAAACAAAACAACACAAAAGACUAGAAAGCCUGCGCCAUUGUGACAUAAUCUGGGUUAAUCACUUCAGCAUUGAUUUUCUUUUUAUUAAAAAAUAAUGAAACUAAGUAGAUUCGACUCAAACCCUGAUCAAGCUGGUUAUAAACAGAAGAUGACAACAAUGGCUCAUUAAGAGGGUUACAUGGUGUCAACACUUCCGUGUUAAAACUCGAACGUACUUUUUUUUUUUCCUACGCGUGCAAUAUGUGGCAAUAAGGUUGUAUGAUAAACUCAUUGUGUGUCCUUCGUGAUAAGCUCAUUGUGUGUCCUUCGUGAUAAGCUCAUUGUGUGUCCUUCGUGAUAAGCUCAUUGUGUGUCCUUCGUGAUAAGCUCAUUGUGUGUCCUUCGUGAUAAGCUCAUUGUGUGCCCUUCGUGAUAAGCUCAUUGUGUGUCCUUCGUGAUAAGCUCAUUGUGUGUCCUUCGUGAUAAGCUCAUUGUGUGUCCUUCGUGAUAAGCUCAUUGUGUGUCCUUCGUGAUAAGCUCAUUGUGUGUCGUCCGUAAAUAAUAUUUGAUUCGGCAGCAAAAACAACAUUCAUAUAUGCUCACAAUUUUCUGGGAAUAAAAAUAGUGGUUUUAAUAUUUUUUACAAAUAAUAUAUAAUUAAAUACUGUAAUUAAACAAUAAAGAUGCCAGAGUGUAAGUAAAGGGACAGAAUUGAUGUAAAAUUCUUUAAAUUUUGACGAUUCAAAUGAGCAAUGUAAUUAAAUUUUAAUCUUAAAAAUCAAUUAAUUGAUGACGUCAUUACAUACUUUUGUAGUGUUUGCGUUGCACGUCAUUAUGCAACCCAGAUGUAAUAAUAUAUUUAUAAUAGCGAUCUUUCGUAUGAGCG